CUUGGACUCCGUUUGCAUGAUGGUGGCCCUUUCAAACGUUUGCGCUUCGCUGAUACUCAUGGCUUUCUAGGGCCCUAACUAAUUAAGUUGGUCACGUCUUCAGGGUCCUCAUAAAAUAUGUUUGUGUCAAGCAGUAUUCAUGCUAAUCACGCUGAUUUAAUUCAUGAUGUAGCCUAUGAUUUCUAUGGUCGACGCAUGGCAACUUGUAGUAGUGAUCAAAUGAUUAAAAUUUGGGAUUUAAAGGACAAUGAAGAAUGGGUAUGCACUGCUUCAUGGCGAUGUCAUUUAGGAUCAGCAUGGCGUGUUACUUGGGCACAUCCUGAAUUCGGUCAGGUUAUCGCUACCUGUUCAUUCGAUCGUACAAUAGCUGUAUGGGAGGAAAUCGCAGGCACUCAAACUAUAACAAGUGGUGGUGAAAAUGAUGGUGGUACCAAUCAAACUCCUUCAACUGUAACAAACAUUACAUAUGGAAGUCAGUCAGCAAACACUAAUUGGAUAAGACGUGCCUACCUUGUUGAUCCACGUACUUCUGUGACUGGUCUACAAUUCGCUCCAAGACAUCUAGGUCUUCAGUUGGCUGCUAUUUCUACAGAUGGCAUGUUGCGGAUUUAUGAAGCACUGGAUGUUAUGAAUUUAAGUCAGUGGCGUUUACAGUUUGAUUUCGGUACUAAAAUGGCUGGAUCAUGUUUAGCAUGGUCUCAGUCACGUCUUGAUCCACCUUUAAUUGCUGUUGGCAGCGUUAGUCCUAAUGAUCCAGAUACUGCGGAUAAUUCAGACGGUUUACCAGCACAUCAUUCUAUGUCUCAUUCAACAGCUCAUCCAACAAAUACUCUAGUGAACGGUAAACUUAUCCUUUAUGAAUAUUCUGAAGCUAGAAGGCAUUGGUAUCUUGUGGAAGAUGUGCAUGCACUGAAUGAUCCUAUUUACGAUGUAUCGUUCGCUCCACAUAUGGGUCAAUCAUAUCAUACAUUAGCUGUUGGAUCUAAAGAAUUGUAUAUAUUAAGAAUUAGACCGUUUAACUCCAAUCAAUCUUCUAAUUCACUGAUGAAAAAUGAUAAUUCUAGUUCCAAUAAUUUGUCAUUGUCGAGAUCGAAUCUACCUAUACGUAAUCCGUAUGAAAUUAGAAUGAUGGCACGUUUCGAUCAUCAUGAAGGACGAGUUUGGCAUGUUUCUUGGAAUGUAACUGGUUCUUUACUUGCAUCGUCUGGCGAUGAUGGUUGUGUACGACUUUGGCAAGCUAAUUAUCUUGGUGUAUGGCUUCCAGUUUCAGUUAUUAGUCCAGAUGGUAGUCGUUGUGCUACAAUACCUAAUGGACAAAAUAGUCUAUCAAAUUGUAUACUAAAAUCAUGUUCUUCAGGUCCACUGAAGCCAUCAUCUGUUUCAUCAUCAGCUUCACCUAUUCGUUUAUCGAAUUCCACAACUCAAAUCAAACAAAAUGAACAUGUUAUGGAUCAUACCGAACAAACGUCAAACGCUAAUCUGCCUAAAGGGUCGCUUCAUGGAUGUACAGUUCCAUUUCAGAAAUUAGCUCCAAUUCCAAAUCCAAAUCAACCUGGUGUAUGGCAUUAAAUUAAUUAAAGCUUUAGAUGUGUUAAUUUCAUGUUUUACAUUGUAUAUUUCUUUUUUAUCACUUCUGUUAAAUAGAAUAUCUAUUGUUGUAGUAAUUACAAGAAAUUAAUUUAUGAUAACAAGAAUAAAAAUAAAUUACAAUCAUAUUUUGUGUAUAAUACUUUUCUUAUCGUUGACAUUGUUUACGCGAUAUGACUGGAUAUAUAUAUAUAUAUAUAUAUAUAUAUAUAUAUAUAUAUAUAUAUAUGAAUAAAAGUUGAGUUCAUCUG